AUGUCUACCUUCGCCUUCCUCGCCCUCUGCGUUCAGGCUUGCCUGAUCCAAAGUGUAUACGGCCAGUAUUGGGGUGGUCUGGGUGGUUGCGGCUGCGGCGCUGGGUGGGGCGGCCGCGGAUUCGGCUAUGGAGCUGGCUGGGAUGGCUUCGACGCCGGGUGUGGAGGCGAGUACGGAGGCACUGGAAUCGGUAACGUCGCUGUUUUUGGAGAACUGCCCGUCGCCGGUAUAACCGCCGUCUCUGGUCGAGUGCCCAUCAUCGGUGCUGUGGAAUUCGGAGGCCCGGCAUGCGCCGGAGGUGCUGUCUCUAUCUGCGGUCACUGCGCUCCCGUCUGCGGUUGCGGUCGUGGGAUCUACUAA